AUGUCAGACUCCUUACCGUACGACUACCCUCAGCGGUAUUUUUUUCGACACUUUUCACUUGCUAAAGGAUUUGAUGAGUUUUUGUCCAUAUAUUCAGCGACUCAAGUGGGGAAGUACUUGCGGAUUUAUUCAAGCCCUUUAAAAGUGCCAUAUGGAUGCGUGGUACGGCCAUACGACAUGGAGAAAAGGUUCUACCUCACUAAUAAAUCAAAGCAGCAUGAAUUUCAUGAGUUUUGUCAAGAGAUUCAGACCUUAUAUGGUAGUGCUCUAAAGUUUUUAUCUACAAUUAACUAUGCUUAUCUUUUGGAUCUGGCAGAGUUGGUGGACAUUAUUUCCCGCAUGUAUUCUAAGCCUAAGCAUAAUUAUAUGGUUCCAUUACCAAUGAAGCUUGUUGUUUUCCUAUUAUUUUCUAUUCGGCAUGCAAUCUACACACAUAUUGAUGAAAAAAGUUUACCGUCUGUGUAUAGAUUUGUUUUAAAUGCUUCACCUUCAGAUUUACUUUAUCGAUUCCAGUUUCAUUUUGAAGAGUUGUUUACGACUCCGGCACCACGGCUUGGUAGUGUUUAUAUUGAAUUAGUACGUGAGCUGCGGUUAAUAUCUUUAUUUGAUCGGGAAGCCAACUUUAAAAAUAUUUACCUACGACGGUUGGCUGGAACUAUUAUAGCAGAUGUGACUGGAAAUCUACGGGCCUUGGUUGAAGAAAAAUUUGUGAUAAAUUUACUUGAUUUUGAAGGGUUAGUGUUGCUAUUAGAUGAAUGGGUCAAGGUCUCGGUUAAUAAAGAGAGCAAUAUGUCUAAACAUUCUACGGUAAUGACAUCAAUUAAGAGCCAAACACAAGAUAUAGUGAAUGCAAGCAUUACGGGCAAUUUGAAAAUAUCUGAUGUGUUAAAAGUUUUAAAUCUAUGGGCAGAAAUGCUUGGGACAACCCUUGGGAUGGGUUACAUGGACAUGGCUAAAUCAGCACAUUAUCGAUUGCCUACGACAGUAUUUAAAAACAUGAAUGAAUUAUUUGUUCCCAAAACACAACCAGCACUGCCUGUGACAACACAACGAUCGUAUGGGUUUGAUACUCGAGAUUCGCAGUAUUGUUAUGGUUAUCCAGAGCUUGUUUAUAGCCGCAAUUCCAUAUCUGCAUUACCAGAAAUGUGUUUUGAUAAGCCCGGGUUUAAAACUGGUGUGUCAAAGACAGAUUACAAGAAGCCACAUCCGGCAACUGAUUGGAGGCAUGAAGAUCGACAUUAUGUCGGGACUUCAUUGCGAAAUCGGUCACGAAGUCGGUCACGAAGUCGGUCACGAAGUCCUCAAUAA